AUGCCUUCUUCAUCGUCGGCGACGACAGACAGCACCCGCAUGCUCGAGGGCUUGCUUCCGAUGCUCGGCCUCCGUGGCUUCGCGCCUCUGUAUAGCUUCGUCGGCAACUGGCUGGGGAUCGACCCUGGGAUGAUGCUCACGGUGUUGGGCAUCCUCUGGGCCGCGCAGAAGAUUGGCCAGCAGCUUUACAGCCUGUGCCGGCUCAUCAUCACGUCAUAUCUCAUGAGCAGCAUCCACGUGGCCAGCACGGACGACAUAUACCUGCACCUGAUGAAGUGGCUCGCCACGCAGCCGCGGAUGACCAACUCGCGCUCGCUGACGGUCGAGACGUCGAGCAAGACGGCGUGGGAGGACGACGAAGACGCAUCGAAGGUCGCCCGGGACCGGUCGGGCAAGUACCUUAACUUCUCGAACCAGGAGGCGCGCGCGCCGCCCUCGUUCGUGCCCGCAAUGGGCCGGCACACCUUCUGGUGGCAGGGCCAGCUGUUCACGCUGCACCGCAAGCAGGAGUCAGUGUUCGACGACGGCGCCGCCUCCGGGGCCACGACGUUCCGCGACAAGGAGGACCUCGUCAUCUCGUGCCUCUGGCGCAGCCCGGAGCCGAUCAAGAAGCUCCUCCAGCACGCCAAAGACCAGUACUACAAGGACCACCAGGCACGCACGCUUGUCAAGCGGCCGUACCCGCACACCAUGCGUCGCUUCGCCCGCAACGCGUGGCAGAUCGUGGCCAACCGCCCUGUGCGCGACAUGCGCACGGUAGUCCUGGACAGCCGCCAGAAGGUGCAGAUCCUGGCGGACCUGAAUGAAUAUCUGCACCCGAGCACGCCGCGGUGGUACGCAAACCGCGGAAUCCCUCUGCGGAGAGGAUAUCUGUUCCACGGCCCGCCUGGGACGGGCAAAACCUCGUUGUCGUUUGCGCUGGCGGGAGUGUUUGGGCUGGAUAUCCACGUCAUCUCCCUGCUAGAGCCGACCCUGACCGAGGAGGAUCUGAGUUCGCUGCUCGGGUCACUCCCCAGACGCUGCAUCGUGCUGCUUGAGGACAUCGACACUGCCGGGCUAAAACGGCCCGAGAACGACCUCGAGAGGAACAAACAGGCCUCCCGACGACCAGAUGACGCUGAGGACAAGGACGGCCGGGAGAACAAGGACUCCAACAAGGAAGGGGCAGCUCCAGACACAUCACCCGCCCCCAGCGACUGGAAAGUUAGCGACCUCGCGCGCGCCCUCAAGACGGACGCGGCCGCGGACGACAAGAAGCAGGGAAUCUCGCUGUCUGGCCUGCUCAACGCGAUCGACGGCGUGGCCUCGCACGAAGGGCGGGUGCUCAUCAUGACGACCAACGCGCCCGAGGCCCUCGACGAGGCGCUCAUCCGCCCCGGCCGGGUGGACUUGCAGGUCGCCUUCGGCAAUGCGACGACCAAGCAGGCCGAGGAGCUUUUCCUGAGGAUGUACGAGAGCGACGAGAAAGUCGCCGCCUUGCUGAAAGAGGCUGGAUCGCAGGAGAGCAAGAGUAACGGUGCCGCGUCCAAGCCCCCAGCAGCAGCAGCAGCAGCAGCAGCAGCAGCAGCAGCCACAAAAAUGAACGGUCACGCCGAAAAACUGAGCGCAUCUUCCAAGCUGGCUUUAUCCAACGGACUCGGAGACCUCAAGGACAAAACUGCAGCGGACGACGCGGACGAGCGAGAGGAGGAAGAAGAAGAAGUUGAGCCCCUUCUUGACGACCAUCAGCUCGUUCAGGUUGCCAAGGAGUUCGCAGCCAAAAUCCCCGACGGUCAGUUCAGCCCGGCCGAGAUCCAGGGCUUCCUGCUCAAGCGCAAGAAGCACCCACUCCGCGCGGUGCGCGAGGCCGGCAACUGGGUCGAGGCGCUGGUGCGGCAGAAGGAGAGCCACAGCAAAGUUCUCGAGGUGCAGUGA